CCUGCCGACUCUCCGCUCGCUGCCCAUCUCCUGUCUCCCGUCUCCUGCCCCGGCUCGUGCACCGCUGUCGGCCGUGGAGACGGCUCCGGGCCCGAGGUGCUAGCUGAAGCCCCACGCCAUGCCGAGGGAGAGGAAGGAGAGGGAUGCAAAGGAACUGGAGACCAUGAAAGACGAAGGUGGCACCGACUUCACCCUCCGCACCAGGAAAAGGAAGGCAGAUGUGGCUGUUUUUUUGCAGGAUCCAGAUGAAGAAAUUGCCGAGAUCGACAGGCCUGUGAGAGGCCAGUGUGGCAGUCAGCUGUGGGACAACAAUGCCAACCCCUGCCCCUCGAUCCCCACACCCGACAAGGAGGAAGACGAGCUGGUCUACGCAAACACCACGUUUGAUCCAUACAGCCUGGCGCCCGCCAGAGCCUCACCGCUGCCUGUCCUGGACUGGGCAAAUAGAGAGGAGGUUUGGAAAAUCAUGCUAAACAAGGAAAAGAAAUACUCCCGGGAUCAGCACUUUCUGCAGCGCCACCCUCUUCUGCAGCCGAAGAUGCGAGCCAUUCUCCUGGACUGGCUAAUGGAGGUGUGUGAAGUCUACAAGCUUCACAGGGAGACAUUUUACUUGGCACAAGAUUUCUUUGAUCGGUACAUGGCCACUCAAGAAAAUAUUGUAAAAACACUUCUACAGCUUAUUGGGAUUUCAUCAUUAUUUAUUGCUGCCAAACUUGAGGAAAUCUAUCCUCCUAAAUUGCACCAGUUUGCCUAUGUUACAGACGGGGCUUGUUCAGGGGAUGAAAUUCUUACCAUGGAACUAGUGAUUAUGAAGGCCCUCAAGUGGCACUUAACUCCUCUCACCAUUGUAUCCUGGCUGAAUGUGUACAUGCAGGUUGCAUAUCUGAAUGACGUGUAUGAAGUGCUGCUACCGCAGUACCCCCAGCAGAUCUUCAUACAGAUUGCGGAGCUUUUGGACCUCUGUGUCCUGGAUGUCGACUGCCUAGAGUUUUCUUAUGGCAUCCUGGCUGCUUCUGCCUUGUAUCAUUUCUCCUCGUCUGAACUGAUGCACAAGGUUUCAGGAUAUCAGUGGUGCGACAUAGAGAAGUGUGUGAAGUGGAUGGUUCCAUUUGCCAUGGUCAUAAGAGAGACGGGAAGUUCCAAACUUAAGCACUUCAAGGGGGUCCAUGCCGAAGACGCACACAACAUCCAGACCCACAUCAACAGCUUGGAUUUGCUGGACAAAGCCCAAGCAAAGAAAGCCAUAUUGUCCGAACAAAAUAGGAUUUCUCCUCUCCCUACUGGGGUCCUUACCCCACCGCAGAGCGGUAAGAAGCAGAGCAGCGAGCAGGAGAGCGUGUGACCACACCAGCCUGCUCCACCAAAGAGUCGCAUAGAGGUGCCUACUUCCAGUUCCCCUGUCUGCUGCAUUCGCUUUUACAGAUAUUUAAGUGGAAGAGUGUACCUCUUCCACAACAGAAGUCCUUCUGUGGAUGACAUUGGACAGGGAGAAGUGAUUUUUUGUUUUUUAUUGGAUGCUUCGAUAUUUGAAUGAGUGGGUCAAGUACACCAGCCGCCUCCAGAACACCAGUGAGUGCUCCAGAUGCUGCUAAGGAGGGUGCUGCCUGGUUUGACUGACUAUUCACACCGUGACAAAGGCUUCAAGCUGAGCAGCACCGUUGUUGCUGUUGCUCUCCUCCUGGGUGUUCUGGGUACGUCCUGGUAAAUGGAACAGGUGUUCAUGAGUGAGCAUGGUGAUGCCAGGCUUGCAGCCAGGCUUGCAGCCAGCCGGCCGGGGCUUGCACCUUUCACACUAUCAGUUGACAGCGUACAAUGCCUUUUAUGAACUUGUUUUGUAAGUGCUGCUAUGUCUAUCCGUUUUUUAAUAAAGAUAAUACUGUCUUUGAGACAGCUAGUUUUAUGAGCUAUGUUUGGUAACUUAAGUUAGACCUCAACGUUGAAGUGUACCUGUAUCAAAUUAUGUAUUUUUGACUUUGUGCUUCUGGAAGAUCAAGUUUUUCAAGCAAAUCCAUUUAGAAGAAAACUUAGGGUGCGGGGGCAGUGUCGGGUGUGGUCCUGUCUGCCUUCUGAGAAUGCUGAGCUGGAAGUGAGGCACCAGUGUGGCAUUCUGCACACACAUGCUGCCCGGGUGGCUGCCCACACCAGGCUCAUGGGCAGGAGUACUAAGUCAGUUUCAUAUCUAACAGGACUUGUGGCUUUAAUUUUCUCAGGACUGGUUAAAAGCUCUACAAAUCUGUGAUUAAUAUUAUUUAAUAUACUCUUCACCUUAUCCCGUUCUUAACCUAAAGAAUUGAUUAAGUUUCCUUUGGAGAACAUGUUAACACAGUAGCCUAAAACUAUGCAUUUAAGAAGAAAAUGCAAAGUAAAGUUGUGCAUAGUUCAAGGCCAUGUUGUCAGUACCGUCUGCCCCCUGGCCACUGACGAAGUCGCCAAGUGCCUUGCCAGCAGUCCCUGUCCGCCUCAAGUGUACGGCUCGUCUUGCCUUUGUUCUCCACAUGGUCUGGUAUUGUGUUGGGGGAUUGUAUUGAAGCGAGGGUGGGUGAGAGACAAGUACCACUUUCUUUUAACUUGUUCUUUUUUAUCUCACUUUGCAAAAAUCUAUCUAAAAGAGCCAUUUAAACCUGUAGCAUAUUUGUAUGAAGUUGGAAAGAGUCCCUACUUUUUGACAUUGAUGUAGUUCUGGCAAAUUUUGAUACUGUUUUCCUAA